AUGCUCGCUGUAUUUAUUAUUCUCAGAUAUUUCGUUGGAAAGCAAAAGCAAGCAAUUGAGGAAAGAGUCAAAAAAGUAUAGUAAUUCCAAAUUCCCAAGGAAGGUGGAGCAUUGUAAAAAAUGAGCAAGGAUUAAGAUGGCAAUAUUACACUUAAACUUGCAAAGAAGAUUAAGAUCACCUCAGAUACCUUUAUCUUCAGAUUCUCAUUCUCAGACCCAGAUUGGUCAUUUGGCCUUCCCAUAGGUCAGCAUGUUGUUUUCUCAGCAACUAUCCCAACCAAAGCUAAGCCAGAAGGUGAGUUGGUUUGCAGAAAAUAUACACCAACUAGUACUUUGUAAACUACUGGCUAUGUGGACUUCGUAAUUAAGAUCUAUCGUAAGGAUGUCCACCCUAGAUUCCCUGAUGGUGGUAUAUUGACUUAAUACCUUGAGACUCUUGAACCAGGUGCUUAAAUGCUAAUGGAGGGACCAAAGGGAAGACUUUCUUAUCAAGGCUUUGGAAACUUUUAAAUCUUGAAAAACUAAUUUAAAAGAACUAGAAUCGGUAUGGUAGCGGGCGGCACCGGUAUCACUCCUUGCUACUAGGUCAUUCAAUCAGCUCUUAACGCUGAUGAUGGAACUCAAUUGAGUCUGAUUUUCGGAAACAGAUCUGUUGAUGAUAUUCUAUUAAAGGAGGAGCUAGAUUAAUUGAGAGACAAUAACAAAGAUAAAUUAAAGGUACUCUAUACAGUGGAUAUUAAGCCAGAGGGUGCGUGGGAUGGUAAAGUUGGAUUCGUUACCUAGGAAAUGAUUAGCUAGAAUUUACCAGCUCCUUCUCCAGAGACUGUCAUUCUUUUUUGUGGUCCCCCUCCUUUCGAGUUUAUGAUGAAGAAUCAUCUGACAGAGCUAGGAUAUAGUGAGGAUAUGAUAAUAAAAUUCUGA